ACUUCUCGAUGUGUAUCUUCGGGAAGUGUUUUUGUUAUUGUGUAGAGCAUUUGUGAUAAAUCAUUUUGUGUAAUUUGUGGCAGUUCAAGUCAUAUAUUACUAUAAUUUGAAAAUAGUGUUGCGAAUUCGAGAACACCAAAGUAUAGUUUUGUAGUGUGAAAUCAUUUUUGACUCUAUAAAUUCGAUAACGAAAGUCAUUGUGAAUUCAAGUCAUCCAAGUGCUUAAUUUUUUUACUGUUGGUGGUUUAUUUAGUUAUGUAAUCAAAUAUGAUAAUAGAUUUGACAAACAUAUCGAAUCAAAACUUUGGUAUGUAGAUGACGCUGUGUAUUUUCAGAAAUAAAUAAACAUUGUGUUUAUAACAUAGGACACGUGGGUAUCGCGCUGAAUAAUAAAUCGAUAAAGACGUAAGACGCGUGCGCCAGUCUCUAUCAACGAGACUAUUAUAUAUCAAGGUCAGUCUGCACAAACACGUGCAAUGUCUGAUUCUAUUUACUCACAUGACUUUCUUUUAGAGCCUGGCGUUGAGAUAAAACAGGAGUCCCCUUUUGAGUUGGGUACCAUGUCAGCGUCAGUACCCAUUCCGCAGAGGCGCAAUGAUCUUGGAGAUUUUGGCACUGAUUUAGAUUUGUGCAUACAGGACAAUCUCCCAGGGUCUUUUCAUAAUAUGCCUAAUAUGCAGUAUAGUAAAUUAACAUUUGAUAAUGAUAGUUCAUCUAAAACAGAAACUUUUAAAAUGGAUGAUGAUGACAUAUUUCAAGUAGAUAAGGCAGAUUUGAUAUUAGGCCCUACUCUUGCUGAAUUGAAUGCUAACCCAGACACCUUGUUAGAGGAUUUAAAUUUUGAUGAUUUGUUGCUACCUGAAGAGAGUGGCUAUUGCAUUCAAAUUGGUGGAGUUAUGAGUGGGUCUCGGCGUUCACACAAUGUUAUGCAAGUUACAAAUACAAUAACAGCGGACAGUCCAUGCAGUCCAUAUAGUCGAGCACAACUUGCAUUUUCUCCAUCAAGUCAGCACAGCUCAGCUUCUUCUAGUUUUGCCCAACCUAUGAACCAACUUCCUGAGCUCCUUCAGCGGCUUGAUGGUUAUAGUGGGGAGAUAGCUCUAGGCCAGUCUGUCCCAGCUUCUACUGUGCUGCCACCUUUUCCUGCAAGUGUCAAACCUCAACAUACACAAUUAUCGUCAUCUGCCCCAACACAUCUCACAAUGGAACAGAUAUGGUCACGCCGUGAACCUCGUAAACACCUGCUGUCUACUAGUUCCCUUGCUGAGGCUGGCUCCAUAUCAUCAUUAUCUGGAGGUGUACUUAGUCCAGGUACUGGAGACUUCUCGCAGGAUGAAGAAGACAGAGAUGUUGAAUCUGAUGAAGACAGUGACCGAUAUGAAGACCUUUCUUCAGAUGAAUCAAAUGAUGAAGGUUCUGAAAGUAAACAAGCAAGGCAAAAUGCUAAAAAGGAAAGAUACUUUUGGCAAUACAAUGUGCAGGCUAAAGGUCCUAAGGGACAAAGACUAGUUUUGAAGAAGAAAUCAGAAGAUCCUCAUGUCUUAAAUUCUGUCACAGACCCUGUAUUUAGCCCAAAUUGUAGUGUGAGAGGCAUCAAGCACAGCGGCAAAGCACGAAAAGGCGAUGGAAAUGAUUUGACACCAAAUCCAAGGAAAUUAUAUCUUAUUGGCAAAGAACUGGACAAUUUGGGUAAAGUUAUUAACGAUAUGAUACCAGUUAGUGAGUUGCCAUUUAAUAUUAGGCCAAAAACGAGAAAAGAGAAGAAUAAACUUGCUUCAAGAGCUUGCAGAUUAAAGAAGAAAGCUCAACAUGAGGCAAAUAAACUUAAACUCUAUGGAUUACAACAAGAACACAAACGACUUCUAAGUGGUAUUCAUCAAAUGAAACAAAUAAUAGGCAACAGGGUCACCAACCCUCAAAAUAAUGUUGAUUGGUCAGAUCACAUCAAAGAAAUAGUGAACACAGCAACAGGUAAGUAAAGUGUAUAAUAUUUUUAACAAUAGGUAC